UCCCAGAACUGACUGUGUUUCAGUGGGAUUCAGUGAUUCCCUGACAGGAAAAGCAACUCUUUUCCCAUCUGGCAGUCAACUGCUCCUCGCAGAGCCUGUGCAGGUUUCUCUUUCAGUGAGCUAGCUGGCAGGUGAUGCAAGGCCCUUCUUUGAUACAGGAUGCACCAAAGAAAUAACUUUCAGGAGAAAAGCCUUGAGUGUUUUAUAAAGUGGUGCAGAGGCUGUGAUAUGCCCGUGGCUUUUUCAAAUGAGGCAUUUCCAGCUUUGCUCCUUUCGAGCAGUUUCUCUUAUUCAGCCAUGAACUCAAUAAUGCAGGAUGGUGACACCUUAAAAUAGAACAAUGUUAAUAUUUUACAGCAAGGCUCUUUCUUCUGGUUAUGCCUGGUUUCUAUCUUGGAGUGUUCAGAAUGAGCUUUGAGAGUUAUCUUCUCUUUCCUCUUCCCCAUCUGCUGCAAAUGUAAUUAAUUUUAGAACAGGCAGUUUUUUAUGCAUUUGGGGAAGCAAAGCUGUGUCCUCAUGUGUUAAACUCAGCUACAGAUGCUGGAUCCCACUAGUGAUAAAUAAUUGUUUGGGAUGCUAUUUUAGUCACCUGGGUCAAAAUGAAGCAUUCUAAGAUUAGUAGGUUUAUUGCGGUAAAGUGUGGUGUGUUCCCAUUUUUUAUAAAGACAAGCCUGGUGGUGGGAGGACUUCCCAGAAAUGCACUAGCUGCAGGACAGAGGUUUUAAAGUUCUGAACAGUGGUAAAAUUAUUGUUUCAUUUCUGCAUUUAUUUGAGUAAUUAACAGAGCUGUGUCACUCACGAGGUGCACAGCCCAGCUGUCCAGGCACUGCAGAGGCUACUUCAGCAACAUCUCACCUGUAAGGUCAGAUAAGGUAUCCUUAUCUGUCUGUAAGCAGACAGAGCUUAUUUUCAUCCCACCCUUGAAGAUGGUUUCUCACUUGGUACAUUGGCUAGAGCUGCUGCUGUGUGGCUGAUGCUGUCUCACCACUGCUGCUGAUUUAAUGCACAGCAAAUAAUAGAAUCUCCCAAGUUGGAAUCCAUUCACUUAAGUUGUUGUUGCCAUCAUUUAACUAUCUGUGUAUACCCUGAGAAAUGGAAAAGUUAGGGUGGAGGAGAGCAGAUGGUUGGGUGUGGGAGGAGCUGAAAGAAGCUUGAGUUUUCUUCUGAGCUGGGACAGUGCUGCCCUGUACUGUAACCUGCAGUUCUUUGGCUGGCCAUGAGAUCUGCACCCAGCAGCAAGGGGCUGGUGGUAAUUCAGCAGAGACUGUAUUUGUGUGCAGUGAAGUCUGGUUGCUCUGAUGGGCCAUGCUGUUGUGGGAAGAGCUUCACCUGGUUGUGUGUGGGGCUGCUGUGUCUGUGCUUCAGCGCCAAACCCCCAGGUUUUGAUGUUUUGCUGGGCAGUGGUUCAGAAUGUCUGCAUUCAGCACAUUAACAGACCUUUUUAAUUCUCUCCCAAGGGAAGGAAAGUGGUCAGAGACCAACAGGUGACUUGAAGCACAGUGACAUUAUUUUAACCAAAUAACAAGAAAAUCAGUUGCUGUUUCCCCCGUGUUUCCAUGGAUUCUGGGGUUUCUUGAACCAGAGACAGAUGUUUGCUGCUUUUUUGGAACUUCAUGGUUUCUGCUAGGACCACGGUGGUAAAUGACUGACACAGAGUGUGCUUGCAAGAUGACACCUUGCAAAAUUGCUUUCUGGACGUGCUUGGCAAGAUGGAGCCACCGACCUCCUCCAGGCUGAAUUCCCGAAAGAGAAGAAAAGAUGGAUCAGGCCCUAAUGGGGCAACAGAGCUGGAUGGAAUCCCUCCAAAAAUGUCCCGACGCUCACUUGGGCUGAGGGAGCCAGCUCCAUUCUCAGAUGAAGUGGAGAUCGACUACAGCAAGCCAUACAUCAGAGUAACGUAUGAAGAAGCCAUGAGAGGGACCCCUUUGGAUCGCCCUGUCAGAGUUUAUGCUGAUGGAAUAUUUGACUUGUUCCAUUCUGGACAUGCCCGGGCCUUGAUGCAAGCAAAGAACCUCUUCCCAAACACAUACCUCAUUGUUGGAGUCUGCAGUGACGAGCUGACCCACAACUUCAAGGGUUUCACGGUAAUGAACGAAAACGAGCGUUACGAUGCUGUGCAGCACUGUCGUUACGUGGAUGAGGUGGUGAGAAAUGCACCCUGGACCCUCACACCCGAGUUCCUGGCAGAGCACAGGAUCGACUUUGUUGCACAUGAUGACAUCCCCUACUCUUCUGCUGGCAGUGAUGAUGUCUAUAAGCAUAUAAAAGAAGCAGGCAUGUUUGCACCGACCCAGAGGACUGAGGGCAUCUCCACAUCCGACAUCAUCACGCGCAUCGUGCGGGACUACGACGUCUAUGCCAGGCGGAACCUGCAGCGGGGCUACACGGCCAAGGAGCUCAAUGUCAGCUUCAUAAACGAGAAAAAAUAUCACCUCCAGGAACGUGUGGACAAGGUGAAAAAGAGGGUGAAGGAUGUAGAGGAGAAGUCAAAGGAAUUUGUCCAGAAAGUGGAAGAGAAGAGUAUUGAUCUCAUUCAGAAGUGGGAAGAGAAGUCCCGGGAGUUCAUCGGCAAUUUCCUGGAGAUGUUUGGCCCAGAGGGCGCAUUGAAACACAUGCUGAAAGAGGGCAAGGGCCGGAUGCUGCAGGCCAUCAGCCCAAAGCAGAGUCCCAGCAGCAGCCCCACACACGACCGCUCGCCAUCUCCCUCCUUCCGCUGGCCCUUUUCCACCAAGACUCCUCCUUCCUCACCUGCCAACCGCUCCAGGAACAAGUCUGCAGUCACCUAUGACAUCAGUGAGGAUGAAGAGGAUUAACCUACCUGCCAGGAUUUGCUGCAGGCCGCUAAUCACUGAAUCCUAAGUCCAGACCCACUGGGGAACUCUAAAUGAGCAAGAGAGCCAUAGGAACAGGGCUGAUGGUGAGCACAGGGCCUUGGAGGCACCCGUUGCUCUUAGCAAGGGCUGCUGCCUGGAAGCACAUUCAAACCUCCUCUCCCUUCUUCUCCCUAAGUCCCCUUUUUAUUGUUUACGUUCUAGCGGUUUCCAGGGUGAAGAUGGUUUUUAUAUUUUAAGAAAAUAUUCGUUAAAAGGGCAAAGAAUAGCACUCAAGCGUGGCUUUUGUUUUGGUUUCUUUUCCCUUGUUAAGCCUCCAGGCAAGAGGGAGAGUGGGAAGACCCAUCUGUCUUCUUCUUUCCUUGAGCUCCUCUGUUUUAUCCCCCCUAUCCCCAGGCACUAUCUGUGCCAUUGCCAAACGAAAGACCCCUCAGUUCCUCAACCAGCAUGACCUCGAGAGCACACACAAAGCAGUGGUGUAAUGAGGCUUCUAGGAAAUAGAGACAUCCCUUCUGGGCUGGAGCCGAUAGGAAUCUAUCCAGCAGACCUGUAGUGCUCGCAUGGCUCUUAACUGAGCUUCCCAGUGUGUUGCAGUGAGGACGUGCUGGGCAGGGGGUACCAGCUUGGCACGCAGGAGUUACACCCGGGAAGGACUUGCAGCACUGUAGAGUGGCACACCCCAUAAAGUGCACAGCAUUCACGGCUCCAAACAGUGGAGGGGCUGCAGGGGAAAGGCCUUUCCAGCUAAUCUUAACAAGACUGCUAAAUCCUGAGGUAAAAUUGAGCCCUGAGUUGCUGUUGGAGAGAAGAGAAUGAAUCUUUGCUUCAGAGCACUUGCUGUCAUGCAUUUCCUUGAGUGUGUGAGAGGCCAGGUAGGAAAUGAAUGUGUGUAGUCUUUUGAGAAAUUCCUUGUUCCAGUCUGUGGUGUGUUACACGUUUUAGUGUCUGUCCAAAUGGUCCCUCAGCAUUGUGCUGUGUGUGUGUUUGUGUUUCAGUUGCUGUGCUCUAGGGGCUGGAGGAGUCCUUCACACUGGUGCCACGAAGUUGCUGCUCUAAGGGCAAAGCAGCCAGUUCGCUGCCCGUGUCAGUGUGUGCAGCUGGACAGAUGAAGGGCCCCAGUCCUGUGUGACAGUUACCUGGCUUGUGUAGUACAUGCACAAAUCCAUGCCUGCUCACUCUGCUCCAUGAGGCAGGGUGGAAGGAGCAUCAGAGAGUACUGCAGCUUUUUAAGGUUAUUUAAAUACACAGUGCUCGUUUGAGUCCAUGGUCCAAGUUGUGCCUGCUGUCAUGUCUGUGAUACACACUGAGCUUUGUGGCCUGUGGGUCCCCAAGGGGACUUGCACUCCCCAUGGCUGAGCAGAGCAGGUUGGUGCACCCUGUUCUGCAGCUAGCACUGGAGAAAUUUGCCUUGCUGUCUUGUAGCUGUGGAGCUUUUCUGCCAGGGUUUGGUUCUGUUACCCACUGUCUCUGGGUGGAGCUGCUGGGCUGAGUUGCCUGUAUCCUGUGGUGCUGGAAACAGAGGACAGCUCAGACCCCUGUCAGCAAUGCUGCAGGGAGGUCUCCAGAGCAGGAUGUGAGGCUUGGGGAGCAGCAGAUGCAAGGAGGAAACUCAUCAAGUGCUGCCACAAGCUCGGCACGUUGUGAUGCUUCCAGAGCACAUGGUGGCCCUGUGGUAGGAACAGGCUGCAGCUUCUUUCCAGCUUUUGUCUUAAUGGUCUUUUGUCAUGCUGCCCAAAGGGCUUGACAGAGGUUCUGUGCUUCUCUUGAGGCCAGAACCAGUAUGGGAAAGGGUGUUUUGGGGAUCCCUAAUCUGCCACUUGGACCUCUUUCAGCAGGGAUGUGCACAGCUGUGGGAGCAUGGCUGGCUGCUGUGGAUUUUAAACUGUAAGGAGCAAAUAACAGUCACAUGGUAGAAUCCAGUUAUUAAUCCUCUGGUUUAUGAGUGGUAGAACACUUACUUUGUAUCACCCACAUUGUCUCUUCCCUUAUCUUCCCUUCCUCACCCUUCCCUCAGUACGGAUGUUGCGGUUGCUUCCCUGAGCCAAUUCACAAAGGCCAGGCUGCUUUAGAGCCUUACUACUGUUUUAAACACAAGUUAUGCAACAGUGUUCUGUAAGUUUGGGUAACCAUGGUGUUUUGGAUGGUGGCUUGUUCUGCAGAGACCUUAACACACUUGGUCUCUCUGCAAAAUCUGGGGUGCUUGGUAAGAAGCCAGCUGUGGUUUUACAUGUAGCUUGGAAUAACAGAGCUGUUUCUUGUAACCAAUAAUCUCUGCUUCCUCCUUGCACUGAAAUUAAAUUGGACACUGAAAUCCCA